AUGUUAUUUCUUUAUAGAGAAAUUGCUCCUAUGGAAAAUGUACAAGAGAAUUUGGAACCCUUAAAUGUGGAUGACUCUAAUACCGUCGCUUCGAUUGUUCCUAAUGUUGAAACUAAUUCAACUCCAACACAAAUUGAAAAUACAACUCCAUGUGAAUCUCAAGCUGAAACACAAGUGACGCAACGUACUCGGACAAGAAAGCUAACUUCAGAUGUUUGGCUUCAUUUCCAAAGGAAAUGGAGUGUAGCAGAUGGAAAAAUGAAGGCCAAUUGCAACCGGUGUGGUACAAAACUCUCGGGUGAUCCAGGACAAGGAACAUCACACUUGCGUAAUCAUUGGAAGACUUGUGCACUUCGAAAUACUCGAGAUAUAAGACAAGCUAUUAUCAAAACUGAACAAGUUGACAAUCAAACAGUAAUGGUUGGUUCUUAUUCAUUUAAUCAAGACAUAGCAAGACGCUCGGCUGCAAGGAUGAUAAUUCUUCAUGAGUAUCCUCUAGCGAUGGUUGACCAUAUUGGUUUUAAAGAUUUUUGUGCUGUUAUGCAACCUUUAUUUAAUGUGGUUUCUCGUAACACUAUUAAGGCUGACAUCAUGAAACUCUAUAAGGAGGAGAAAGAGAAUACGAUGAAGUUACUGUCAAAAAAUCAAAGUCGCAUCGCAAUUACAAGUGAUAUUGGACUUCAAGUAACCAAAAUAAAUGCUAUAUGA